ACAGCAUACACCGUAAACCAUAAACCGUGCCGUAUGUACGUAACCUCUCUCUCUUUCUCAAAUCUUCAAUUCGUAAAGUACUCCAAGUACUGACGAAUUAAUUUUACAUGUGUUGAUUUCCCAGGAAUUUUGUUAUUUCUCGUAUAACGUAAGUAGCAACCAUGCCGUCUGACGCAAAGAAAAGGGAACAAUUGAAGAAGAAGGAAGCUGCCAAAGCUCGUCAACUAGGUGGUAAAAACAAGAAAGCCCCUCCUAAGAAGGAUGAUCCCAAAGUCAACGGGAAAGAAAAUGGACGGGAGCUCAGUGCUGAAGAGGCAUUGUGUUUGAAGCUGGAAAUGGAUGCCAGGUUGAAUGCUGAGGCUAGGUCUUGCACAGGUUCCCUAGCAGUUCAUCCAAGGUCUCGUGAUAUUAAAAUCGAAAAUUUCUCUGUUACGUUUCAUGGUUGUGAACUGAUUCAGGAUACUGUUCUUGAGUUGAACUGUGGUAGGCGAUACGGUCUUCUUGGACUCAAUGGUUCAGGCAAAUCAACCCUGCUUGCAGUUGUUGGUAACCGGGAAGUUCCAAUCCCUGACCACAUUGAUAUUUUCCACCUUUCAAGAGAGAUGCCGGCGUCUGAUAAAAGUGCUCUUCAGUGCGUCAUGGAAGUUGACGAAGAGAGAGUAAGGCUGGAAAAGUUAGCUGAAACUCUGGUUAUGAAUGAGGAUGAUGAGUCUCAAGAACAACUGAUGGAUGUUUACGAGAGGUUAGACGACAUGAAUGCUGACACUGCUGAAGCAAGAGCUGCCAAUAUUCUCAACGGUUUAGGUUUCACCCGAGAAAUGCAAUUAAAGAAAACAAAAGAUUUCUCUGGUGGUUGGCGCAUGAGAAUUGCUCUUGCCAGAGCAUUGUAUGUGAAGCCCCAUCUACUCCUUCUUGACGAACCGACUAAUCACUUAGAUUUAGAUGCUUGUGUGUGGUUAGAGGAGGAACUGAAAACGUACAAACGUAUUCUUGUCAUAAUAUCGCAUUCACAAGAUUUCCUCAACGGAGUUUGUACAAACACAAUUCAUUUAGACAAGCAACGGCUGAAAAACUACACCGGUAACUAUGAUGCAUUUGUUCGAACUAGAAUGGAACUGUUAGAAAACCAAAUGAAACAGUACAACUGGGAGCAAGACCAAAUUGCCCACAUGAAGAACUACAUAGCAAGAUUUGGUCACGGAAGUGCCAAGUUGGCCCGUCAAGCCCAGAGUAAAGAGAAAACCCUGGCCAAGAUGGUGGCGCAAGGUCUAACAGAAAAAGUCACCAAUGAUAAACUACUGACGUUCUACUUUCCAUCAUGCGGAACAAUCCCUCCCCCUGUCAUUAUGGUGCAGAAUGUGUCUUUCAGAUAUUCAGACGAUUCGCCGUAUAUCUACAAGAACCUUGAGUUUGGAAUUGAUUUAGACACCCGGUUAGCUCUUGUAGGCCCAAAUGGAGCCGGAAAGAGUACUCUUUUAAAACUACUUUAUGGAGAUCUAGUUCCAACGGAAGGAAUGAUACGGAAAAACUCGCAUUUACGAUUUGCCCAGUACCAUCAGCAUCUGCACGAGCUCCUAGACUUAGAUCUUUCUCCCCUAGAAUACAUGAUGAAAUCGUUCCCAGAUGUCAAGGAAAGAGAAGAAAUGAGGAAAAUCAUUGGUCGAUACGGGCUUACUGGAAGGCAACAGGUCUGCCCUAUUAGACAACUGAGUGAUGGUCAAAAGUGCCGUGUUGUUUUUGCAUACCUUGCAUGGCAAGCACCUCACCUUCUACUUCUGGAUGAGCCUACUAACCACUUGGACAUGGAAACCAUCGAUGCGCUGGCAGAUGCCAUCAAUGAUUUUGAAGGAGGCAUGGUCCUUGUUAGUCACGAUUUCCGACUCAUUAGCCAGGUUGCUGAAGAGAUUUGGGUCUGUGAGAAUGGCACUGUCACGAAAUGGCAGGGUGACAUCUUAGCUUACAAGCAGCAUUUGAAAGAGAAAAUUUUCAAGAACAACGAGAAAAACGCUGCUGCAGAAAAAGCACGAAGCAGAAAGAAGUGAAUACGACAAAUACCCCUCUAGUUACAGAAGUCAACAUUUGGCAGCACCGAGCUGUUUUGCAGGAGCUUGUCUAUGGAGAGAAGAAUCACUGAAAAUUUAAAAUUGUUAACUACUGAAGUAAGGAUUUAAUUAUCGAUACAAGUUUACUCAUUUCCUGUCCCCGGUAUCUCUCAGAACGCUUCCCUGUGUCCUAUCCUUUCAGCUGGCCAUGCAUGAAUAUUUUUGUUUCACUGGGCUGAGUUGUUGAAUUUAUCAUCCUUUUUGGAUGAUUUCAUUAAUGUGCUCUCCAUAAAAUCUGACAGCUCAGUUUAGAUGUCGACAAAAGCACAGAUUUUGAGGGGGUAUUGUUGCCCUUCUUUUAUAAUUAUCAUUGGUCACUGCGCAACACUGAUGCCUAUGUACUCUGCUGAAUAAUCUUUUUUUAUAUAAAAAUGUGUAAAGUAACUCUCUGUCUUUCCUGUUUAUUCUUUAAUUUAUAGUACCUUUUAUUUGUUUAUUUUUUUAAUGUAUCAUUAUUUAUUUCAAACCGCACUCUUAUUUUCAGUUUCUAUCGCAAAACAGCUGAGCUGUGACCUUUUACUUUUGCUAGCCCCUCUAUUCUAAUGAGGGGUCAGCUUGAGAGAAUUUCCUGUGACUAGUGUAUAUUUUUUACUAAUAAAGUUACUUUACUCAAAUGA